UGGGACAUGAGCAGAACAGUAGCGAGGAAAUGGUGGCGUUAGUGUUUUGCUUGUCAUGAGAUGCUGUUGUUGUCCUGGGUUGCGUUGUUGCCACAAGGCUCCUUUUGUUGUUUGGAUUACUGCCCCCAGUGCGCAAUCUGAAAGAGUCCUGCAUGCUUCCUAGGGUUCUUUACUUCUCCUGCUCCUACCCUAUCCGAAGCGCCUCUCUGUAGGUAGUCUGGCUUUAAGUUGUUCCUCAGUUGCGCGAUUUGCGUUUUCAAAAGGUGAUUGGUGUAAUUUGUGAGGUGGAUUUGUCGGGGAGUAGAAGUUGGGCACCAUGUCAUAUGCAUACUUGUUCAAAUACAUCAUCAUAGGCGACACAGGUGUUGGAAAGUCAUGCCUUCUGUUGCAAUUCACCGACAAGAGGUUUCAGCCUGUGCACGAUUUGACCAUUGGCGUGGAGUUCGGGGCUCGGAUGGUUACCAUCGACAACAAGCCCAUCAAGCUUCAAAUAUGGGACACGGCUGGCCAGGAGUCAUUCCGGUCUAUCACGAGAUCUUACUAUCGAGGAGCUGCAGGGGCUUUACUUGUUUAUGACAUCACCAGGAGAGAAACAUUCAAUCAUCUUGCAAGCUGGUUAGAGGAUGCAAGGCAGCAUGCGAAUUCGAACAUGACUAUUAUGCUCAUUGGUAACAAGUGUGACCUUGCACACAGAAGAGCCGUCAGCACUGAAGAAGGUGAACAAUUUGCGAAGGAGAAUGGUCUGGUAUUCAUGGAGACCUCUGCAAAGACCGCUCAUAACGUGGAAGACGCAUUCAUUAAUACCGCAGCCAAGAUCUAUCAGAAGAUUGAGGAGGGAAUUUUCGAUGUCUCUAAUGAGUCAUAUGGUAUCAAGGUUGGCUACGGAGGCACUGCUAGUGCUGGUACCGGAGCUACGGGAGGCGGUGCUGCCGUUCAAAGAAGUGCUUGUUGCGGUUGAUAUGAACCAGGCUGUUUAAAAUACGUGGUUUAUUCUAGGGUUGAGCCAGUUUGAGAUCACAGGAGAAUUUAUUCUUUCUAUUCCAAAGCCAAUUGUUUUAUAAUUCCCUGUUAUACAUAAGCUUAAGCAUAUCUCAAGCGUAGCUUAUCAAACCCUGACAUGUCCAGCGAGCACAUGCUACGACUCGUUGGAUAUAACAAUCACGCAGUUGUUUUUCAGGUACUGUAUGUAGUUAUUGUACUUUUUUGGCUACUGGUAAGUCGCUGUUGUGAUUCAUGACCUUUAGGGCAUCCAAAUCUGUCGUUGGGCAUUGUCAAUUCUGGAAGCAACCUGAAUUUCAUUUCUUUCCAGGAUGUAAUCGUAAAGGAAGUGAUUUGGUGUAGCUGAGGUGAACUCCUUAAUAAGAUUGUCCUCGUCCUGGUCUCUGCGAGGAUGGAGGUGUUGGCUUUGGAGUUUGUGGAUAAGGGUGUUAGGUUACACUCGAUAUUUGUUGAUAUUCAAGAUUUCUAAUGAAAUUCCAAAGCAGUUAUUGGCUCUAUGGAGCUUUGUUUAAUUGAUUAA